GGUAGUUCCAGGUCUGGCCGCUGACCGCUUUAUGGCGCUGAUUCUUUUCCUUGCCAAUGAGAACAACAGUACCGACACACGAAGAAGAACGGCGUAACAUGACGGUUCGCCAAACAGGGAAAACAAACAGACGAUGCUCCAGUUAGGAUGGGGCAAACACUGUGCAUAUGUUCUCGUGCUGCUAUCACAAUUGACAACAAAAAAUACCUAUUUGUGCAGAAACUCGAUGAAGGUGGAUUUAGCUACGUGGAUCUGGUCGAAGGGGUGAAGGAUGGCCGCUUUUAUGCUCUGAAGAGGAUACUAUGUCAUGACCGAGAGGGACGACAGGAAGCUCAAACAGAGGUUGAGAUGCAUCAGAUGUUUAACCACCCCAAUGUUUUAACCCUGGUCGCACACACCUUUAUUGAGCGAGGAGGAAAGACAGAGGCCUGGCUCCUGCUUCCUUAUAUGCAGAAGGGAAGUCUGUGGUCUGUUCUGGAGAAGCUGAGAGACAAGGGAAGCUGCAUGCCAGAGAAACAGAUUUUGCAAAUUCUGCGGGGAAUCUGCAGUGGCAUGAAAGCCAUUCACGAGAAGGGUUAUGCACACAGAGACAUUAAGCCGACCAACGUUCUCCUGGAUGAGGAUGACAACCCGAUGCUGAUGGACCUUGGUUCUAUGAACAAAGCCAGGAUUGAGGUGAGAGGAAGCAGAGAAGCAAUGACUGUGCAAGACUGGGCGGCGCAGCGGUGCACCAUCUCCUACAGAGCUCCUGAACUCUUCAACGUAGAGAGUCACUGUGUCAUAGAUGAACGCACGGAUAUAUGGUCGCUGGGCUGUGUUCUGUACAGCAUGAUGAUGUUGGAGGGGCCAUAUGACUUGGUGUUCCAGAAGGGUGACAGUGUUGCUCUGGCUGUGCAGAACCCUGUGGCCAUCCCUCAACAUUGCCGGUACUCAGAGGGCCUCCAACUGCUACUCACCUCCAUCAUGGUGUCAAAUCCCCAAGAGCGGCCCAACAUCAGCUGGGUCCUCGACCAGGUACAAGACUUGCAGAGUCGCAGCCCCAACACGCAAACCAACAUGUUGUGAUUCUUACUUUGGCACGUUACAUUACUAACCUGGGUCUCUUGAGAAUUGGACCACUGUCGUUUAAAAAAAUAUUUUUAAAUCUGAAUCAUUUGAAUUUAGCUACUUAAAAGUAUGAAUGUUAA